UUCCCGCGCACCGUCAGCGCCGCGUCAGGAGAAGGCGGCAGCAGCAGCAGCGGCGGCGGUGGCGGCAGUGAAGUCGGCGGUGUGAGCCGCCUCCCCAGGGGGCCAUCCGCAUCCUUCCCGUCGCCGCUACCGAUGCUGCCACAGCCCUGACUGCUGCUACUGCUGCUGCUACUGCGGCUCUUAGCGCCGGUGAUUGACCCCACGACCGCCCGUUCGGAGCCCUGGCGCUGGGCCAGCGCCUCCAUUUUGAGGCUGCUGCGGGUUCGAAUCGAGUUUGAUUUGUAAUUGACUCCUUUAUUUAGUCACUCUUUUGGGCCCGCUCGUCUUCGGCAAGCGACUGUCGUCGUCGUCCUCGACUGCUGCUGUGCCCCAUGGCGUGCGCUGGGUGCCGCUGGACGGGACGCGUGGUGGUGCGUGGGGCCCUGUCCCACGGCGGGCAGGUUUUUGGUUCAACGCCACGAGUGCAUUCUGGCCGAACACCGAGUCCAGGACAGAUCUUUGCGGUCCGUGCAUUUCCUGUCCGUGUGUUCUCGAUCUCCACGGUGCUGGACAAACAGAAAGAGACAGACGGCACAGGGAAGGAGCCCGGUGUGACUGAAGGGAGUAAGAAACCUGUAGGAGAUUCGAAUGGAGGGAAGAAGAGCGCAGGAGCCUCUGGAAAGGGCGGAAGCAAUCAGCUGCGCUGCCCCAAGUGUGGCGAGUUGUGCACUCACGUGGAGACCUUCGUGUCGUCAAGUCGAUUUGUCAAGUGUGAGAAGUGUCAUCACUUUUUCGUGGUGCUCUCGGAAACGGACUCGCGCAAGAGCUUCAAGGAGCCCGAGUCGGCAGCAGAGGCAGCCAAGCUAGCCUUCCAGCAGAAGCCCCCGCCACCGCCCAAGAAGAUUUAUGACUUCCUGGACAAGUUUGUGGUUGGGCAGUCGUACGCCAAGAAGGUGCUGGCCGUGGCUGUGUACAACCACUAUAAGCGCAUCUACAACAACAUCCCCGCACCCGGCCGUCAAUCCAGCGAGGCUCUGGAGAGCAAGCAAGUUCCGCUUUCCCCGCGAGAGCUCGAAGUGAGGAGAAGAGAGGAUGAGUACAGGUUUGCAAGAAGGUAUAGGAGCAGUAGGAAGGGCAGGCUAGGAUGGAGAGGGCAGCAACAGCAGCUCACAUUUCAGGAGCUGUUGCAGAUCUCUGGGAUCGGCCUUCACAGCAAUGCGUUGGGGGCGUCAGCGCAGCAGCAGGCGGCGGCGGCCGCGGCGGCAGCAGCAGCGGGGACCGGACAGCAGCCGGGGGCGCCCCCGGCGGCUGCAGCAGCAGCGACAGCAGCAGGAGACAAGGGGCCGGAGGGGGGCCCGGCUCCGCCGCGCGAGCGCCGCGCCAGCGACGUGCUGGACGCACCCACGCACGACAUCCGCCUGGAGAAGAGCAACAUCGUGCUGCUCGGCCCCACCGGCUCCGGAAAGACCCUGCUGGCUCAGACGCUGGCUCGAUGCCUGGACGUUCCUUUUGCCAUCUGCGACUGCACCACGCUAACACAGGCGGGUUAUGUGGGAGAAGACAUCGAGUCUGUGAUCGCCAAGCUGCUGCAGGAUGCAAACUACAGCGUGGAGAAGGCACAGCAAGGCAUCGUGUUUCUGGACGAGGUGGACAAGAUCGGCAGUGUGCCAGGCAUCCACCAGCUCAGGGAUGUUGGUGGGGAGGGUGUGCAGCAGGGCCUGCUCAAGAUGCUGGAGGGGACGGUGGUGAACGUCCCCGAGAGGAAUUCGCGCAAGCUGCGUGGAGAAACUGUGCAGGUGGACACCACCAACAUCCUGUUUGUGGCCUCCGGUGCCUUCAACGGCCUCGACCGCAUCAUUAGCCGCCGCAAGAAUGAGAAGUAUCUGGGCUUCGGCACGGUGAGCGUGGGCGCUGGGCGGCGCGCGGCCGCCGACGCCGGGCGGGCACACGGCAGCGCGAGCGGCGACGGCAGCGCCGUGCAGGAGCAGGAGGAGCGCGACCGGCUGCUGCGCAACGUGGAGGCGCGCGACCUCAUCGAGUUCGGCAUGAUCCCCGAGUUCGUGGGCCGCUUCCCUGUCGUGGUGCCGCUGCACUCGCUCGAUGAGGCCAUGCUGGUGCGCAUCCUCACGGAGCCGCGCAACGCGCUCAUCCCACAGUACCAGGCGCUCUUCAGCAUGGACAAGUGCGAACUCACCGUGUCGACGGACGCGCUUCAUGCCAUCGCUCGUAUGGCGCUCGACCGGAAAACCGGGGCACGAGGUCUGCGCUCCAUCAUGGAGACCCUGCUGCUUGAUCCUAUGUUUGAUGUGCCGUGCUCGGACAUCAUGGGAGUUCAGCUGGACAAGGAUGUGGUGGAUGGCAAGAAGCAGCCCUCCUAUAUAAGAGCGCCUCCCAAGGACUCGACGGAUGAUGACUGUGACUCGGGGGUAGAAGAUGACAAUUGGCAGAGACAGCGCGAUGCUGCGAACAACUGAAUGCUUUACAGAUGCCUGCUCCACAGGGCCUGUUAGCACCACCCUCUGGCAUAGCUAUAACCUCCCCUUUCGUAAUCAGCCCUGAGCCAUAUAUGGAUAAACAAUGGUGGCACAGUUAGGGGAUGGCCUCGAUAAGCAUUCGACAGUCUGCACGAUCCAAUGUGCUGUAAAAUGUUCACACGCUUGUUCUCUACCACCACAGGUGUUGUUUCUCAAGUGUCAUUACAAUGUAAACAAUUCAUAAGCAGUACUUUAUUCUUAUCAGAGAAAAAAGGCACGAUCUAUGCAUUGUUAAUUUGUUUUCAAAAUGUGUCACUGCAUUACCAAAAAUGACAUUGCUAUUUCAUUAGUAUCCUACUGUUGUUCCAAUUAUGAGUACUAAACAAGCAUUGGACUGAAUAUACUGGCAUACAGUGGGGAAAAUUACUUUGUAAUUAAGGUACUUUGUUUCAGCACCCCGACUCAAGUCCGUGGAGACGUCAUCUAGACACAAUGGCCUUUACGAAGCUCUGUCAUGGUCUAGGUACGUCUCCGUCCCUUUAAUGUAGAGCAGAAUAUGUUUGCACGAGUGCAGGUUAAGAUAUGUAUCCAUGCCACAGCAAGCAGCGUUGUAAAAUAAUGUUAUUUUAAAAUAUUUUCACUGUUUUUCUUUGAAACUUAAUGUGUUCAGAAUAUUUUCUUUUGUAUCCAGGGUUUCAUAAAUACCUGUAAGCCUGGAUUUUCAGAACUGUUGGACUAUUGUUUAUUUUUGUCUUCUAAAUGCUCUCUAGGUCUCCAAAAGGUGCAUUGUAAAUUGGGACUUGUCAGUUUGAUAUAUAUUCAAAUGAAAUUGGUUUUGAUGUCCACAUGUUUUCUUUGCAGCCUCAAUUGCGACUGUGUACUUCGUGUUGGUAAUACCGAUAUUAACGUGUGCCACAUGCAAUCCCACCCAAUAAGAAACAUGGAAAAGUAGGCAACAAAAAUACUUUAAGAAUUAUAUUUAGGUUGUAUUAAAAAAAAUACGAAGCCUUCUCCCCGCAUUGUUUUCCCUCAGUGAUACUGUACAAUUGUACACGAUGUGAAAAUAUGGACAGUUAAAAGAAAUGUCUUAUUCUACACACAUUUAAUUUGAUUGACCAGCAUUUGUUGAAAAUACAUGGAUAUUUAGUCCAGACAUGUGUUUUGAAAUGUUGCAUUUUUUUAAACCAGUAAUUCCCAUUUUCUUAAGUGACCUGUGCAAACCAGAGUAAUUAUGUACACUGACCUUACGUUUCUCCGCAAGCGUUGUCUUGUUUUGUCAAAACAGAUGAUUAAAUGUAAAAUCAGUGCUGCUUCCGGACAUUAAGGAAACCACAGUUUGUCACAAUUUACCUAAAUGGGUAGCUUGGAUGUUGUGAGUCUGUAAGCUUGGUAGGGUUAUGGUUUCCGUGGGUAAAAAUCAAGAACCACAUUCACCACAAAAAUGUUGAGAUAAAAAUUUCAGAAAAAAAUGCCAUCAGAAAUAAAAUGAAACGUCAGUAAUUUUAUAAUAGGUGCAUUUAGAGGUUACAAUAUCAAUAUGUUAAUAACAGGGAGUGUAUUCUUUUAAUAUUCAAUUUUCAAAUUGGUUAUGUUAAUCUAAACGAGGUUGUUGCCGAUGGUCUAGGUGAUGUUUGUAGAAAGAAACCUAUCAAAACAUUUGGACGUUUGACGGAUUUGCAUGCACACUGCGUCAUCGUGGUUUCAAAUGCUGUAAGUUGAGAGCCGCAGGUGUGGGACACUCGGAAUGAGACUGCGAUUUCAGACGAUGGAGGAGGCGCCUAUCAGCUGCGCAAACUUUGUGCAGUCGUGAGAGCUCUGUUUGAAAUAGUUUUCUCAAGGUGCCAGGACAAUGGUGUGAACGCAUUCAAAGAUUGCAAAUCUACACAAGUGCUGCAGUGAUUGUGUAACCACGAUUGGUUUUCAGCUCACUUGGUAGGCAUUUUAUGAAUAGUACUUUUAUAACAGUGACCCAACAAAUGUAAAACGUUUAGUGUUGCACUAGCGAGGAGUGUGUUUUAAGUUACAAUUGCUGUUCUGUUUCAAAUGAACUGAUACUUGUUUCCCAAAGGUCAUCUGUGUACUUUAACAACGUGUACAUGCAAAACCACAGGUUGAUUGUGUAACUUAUAUUUUACCCCCAUUGUAAAGGUGGUUUUAAUUCUUACUGUUGGGGUCUUGUCAUGAGUAGUAUGGCAACUAAAAGGUAUAUCGAACUGGUUUUUCUGAGUGAAAGUAUUUCAUUCAAUGUGUAUGUAGCUGGAUAAAUGGUUUGAUUUUGGUGAAUUCAGUGUUAAACACAUGCAUCUCUUUAAAAAUAAAAAGCUGUGCAUGUAAAGCUCAUGUAUAAUGCUUUUUGUACUGUAAAAAGGUGCAAUAAAAUUUAGCUGGUUUAA